AUGGCGAGUCAGCCACAAGAAUUCCCUCCUGGUGUCAACGUCAAUGAUGGUGGUGUAGCUCAGAUUGAUGACACCCUCUCGAAACUUCCAGAUUCGGCUUUUCGGGUAUGUUGGGCGCUCAAAGAAGUCAGUCUCCCAUUAUCACUCCAGUUUCUUGGCGAGUAUUGCUUUGCCCAAUGCUGCAACUUGAAACAUUUGGCGAUACCUAGCUCUGUGGAAGUCAUUGAAAAGGCUGCCGUGUUCUAUUGUAACAGGCUCGAACAAGUAACUUUUGGACAGGAGCAAUCUCGACUUCGCGUCAUUGGUGAUUACUCCUUUGCCAUGUGCUCUUCGCUGAGGAGUAUCGAAACACCGGAUUCAGUCGAGUAUAUUGGAUUGAAAGCGUUUCGUGCUUGUAGAAGUUUGGGCAGCGUAAUAGUCCACGGAGACAAGGUGAAGGUGUUGCGAGAAAAGGUAUUUGAGGAAUGCGUCAAUCUGGCGCAUGUAACUUUACCAACCUCGGUAACCCGCAUCGCGAAAGGGGCCUUUCAAGGAUGCUUCGAACUGCAGAUGAUAAAUCUAUCGGAGGGACUGCGAGAAGUUGGGUCAUCAGCGUUUAACGGCUGCCAGAAAAUGAAAGGCAACGAAAUUGCACUUCGUUACGCACCACGACCGCCACCGAAGAAACCACGUAUAUCACAAAACCCAAAGAAGAAACUUCCUCCUAUUGAGGCUAAGGUUGUUGACGGUCGCCUGCUGAUGAGUGCCAACAUUGUGGAGCUUCCAGACAGGGCACUUAAAAACUGGCGCAUGUUGGUGGAAGUUGACUUUCCAAAUACAGUCCGAAUCAUCGGAGAGUUCUGUUUUGCCAAUUGUAUCAAGUUGGAAACGGUGAGAAUACCAGAUUCACUGGAAGUCAUCCGAAAAGGGGCCUUUCAUUCUUGCUGUAGCCUUACGAAAUUGAUAUGGUCGGUGAAACAAUCUCGUCUCCGAGUGCUUGGUGAACAAGCGUUUAUUUGUUGUAGGAAGAUAAAGAAGAUUGAAACUCCAGAGGGUGUUGUGGUAAUCGGGGAUAAAACGUUCAGUGGGUGCACCGAUUUGGAGCACUUUGUUAUGAAUGGAUGUCAUGGGGAGGUGAUUGGAAAAGAAGCCUUUCUUGGCUGUUUGUCUUUAAUUACAGCUCAAAUUCCAUCCAUCAUACACAUACACCAAAAGGCUUUUGAGAGCUGCCCCUCUGUCGAGUUUAUCAAGGUGUCCCAGAGGCUUCGAAUCAUCGGACAAGGGUCGUUCAGAGGCUGCAGAAGUUUGAGAAACUUCAAUUUUCCUGAAGGUCUCGAGAUCAUUGAAAACGAGGCCAUGGCAAACUGUACCUCAUUGGAGUUUGUGCGCGUGCCCGUUUCUCUUGUGCGGAUUGGAACAAUGGCGUUUUCAUCAUGUAGUAGCCUGCUAUCGGUUGUGAUGCCACCAAAGGAACUAUCAAGGCUUGAAUCGAUUGGAGAAAGGGCUUUCGAAAGCUGCUCAGCUCUUGUCAACAUCUCUAUCCCAGCAACGACUAGCGUUGCACCUCAUGCAUUAUAUGGUUGCCGAAAACUUGAGAGUCUUAUUCAUUGCUAUGGGGCCCAACUCGUUUUUGAAGGUUUUGGAAUGCAUAUGGGUCAUUAUCGGUCCACUCAUCAUAGCGAAAGGGAUUUGGUGAACUCUUUUACCACCAGGUUUGAUCGAUUACCACUGCAUCAGCUCUGCUACCAUCAAUCGUACUAUGAGACAGAGGAAUUGAUGGAAAGACUCAAGGGGCAAGAAAAACAAAAGGAAUGGAGAUCCAAAAGAGAGCCAAUUGACAUCGCUGGUAUGUCACCGCUUCAUUUGCUUGCACUGACACGAACAACGAGAUACGAUAUUUGGAAGCACAUGCUUGAGCGAGACUUUGGCAAUGUCGUGCCUGAUGAAUUGGGAAAUUUUCCUCUUGUGUACUUACUUCGGAACAGAUGUCCGAUGAGUUUUUUUGAAUCCUACUUUUCUAUCCUCUACGAACAUGAUCAGUUUCAUCCAACCUUGGAGUGCAUUGUUGAACACACUGCCAACUGCUACAGGGACGAUCUGCGGUCUAUUCUUCGACUCGCUCUCAGGACAUGGGUUGGUCAGCUGGGUCAUGAGCAAUGGAGAAAUGCCAUACUACAUGAAGUUGACAGGAUCUGCGAUGCAAACUAUCAAUCUGAGCGGAAGAGACUUGUAUCUAAUCUUCAGUGGACUCUGCUUCCAAAGCUUACUGAGAAGGAAAUCCUUUCCUUGUUGGAGCUUGCUAUUUGGAAGGCCAGGAUUGUCAAACAAGAAGGCGAGAUGACUUCAUCUACAGUCGACACGACGUCAAUUGCAUUCCGACAAGAGAGUCGGUUGCAAUGCGGUGAUGAGGUGGUCAUUCCUCAUAUUCGACCCUUUCUCGAUUUUUCAACAGACGACGAUGGCUACGAUUAA